ACCUCAAGUUCUUGCAAGCCCUAAUUUUCCAACGCACCUUCUCGGCAAACUUCUCUAAAUCGAUCUAUCGCGACACGGACGGUGACAGGUCGAGGCUGAUAUUUUCCCAAAACACUCGUCGACACACUUCGCACACCACUUCGAAGCUAUUCAAGAUGUCGUCGGGCAAGGUCAAGGCUGGAGAGCUCUGGAAUAAGUCCAAGGAUGAUUUGACAAAGCAGCUCGCUGAGCUCAAGACUGAGCUUGGUCAGCUCCGCAUUCAGAAGGUCGCUUCUUCCGGCUCCAAGCUGAACAGAAUCCACGACAUCCGCAAGUCGAUCGCUCGUGUCCUGACCGUCAUCAACGCCAAGCAAAGGGCCCAGCUCCGUCUGUUCUACAAGAACAAGAAGUACGCUCCCCUCGAUCUCCGAGCCAAGCAGACCCGUGCUAUCCGCCGCCGCCUAUCACCCGAUGAGAAGUCCCGCGUGCUCGAGAAGACCAAGAAGCGCACUGUCCACUUCCCUCAGCGCAAGUUCGCCAUCAAGGCUUAAGUUAAAAAUGCUGGUAGUUCUUGGCGUGUGACGGACACUGGGUAGAAGGGAAACGGGGUAUGGAGGGCGUCGCGUGCUUUUUCUUUGAAAAAACUUCGAAAUCUGCAUCGCAUGGCUCAGGGAAUCUCGGUCUGACUUGUACUUAUUUCCCGGUUUGGGCCUCGAUCUGGGACGGGAUAUGUCCACAAUGGGCUGCCCGUAGGCAGUCUUAAAAAACAAAAAUGAGGUCAUGAUCAACAAGUCCUUGUAAGAUUGAGACACGCGAGAGCAGUGAUCGUGAUGUUUUGUGUCCAUAUUAUGGCUUGCUAUCGAGUUGUACAGCAUUCCCGGAUGUACUUUCGGAAUGAACAACUGCCAACAAGC